AAGAAUAGUUGCCAAGCCGCUGUCGCUCGCAGCCAUUUUUCCAAUGGCUUUCCUCUGCUUUUCUGGACAAUAAGGCCCGUUUUUCAUCCGUAAGUUUAUCAACUAUCUGCCAAUUCAUGGAAGCCUCCAAACCCAGGGAGUUAAUCCUGGCCCACACUUUCACAACAAUGGCAUAUCCAGCUUUCGGCGGAGGGGAGUUCAAAAGCGAAUGCGGCUUUGGGCUCACUUUUUAUGACAGCACAAAAUAUCACAGAGAUACCGUACUGAGUGAUUUGCACUCCUCAAUUCAAGAAAGCAGCUGCGUAACGACUGAAACUCGGUGUUAAGAGGAAUACCGUAGUGUCCAUGGUGGAAUAUCAGCGAGGCGCCCGCAGAGUUGUAAAGAGUUUCCAAUAGUCAUGACUCGAGUGGUGUCAUUAGGCAAAAAUUCGAUUCGAGACAGGUUUUAGCUCGACUCAAUACAAGAGUCACAUAUCUGAACAAUUACGAUCAAUAAAAAAAGAUAAAAAGGUCAUCUGGGGAAUUAUAAAAUUUACCUCUGGGUUUGAUCAGACCAUUGUUGAUGAUAACAACACAUGGCAUGAACAUUUUAAACCGGCAAGUCAUUGUAAACAAUACUUCGUAAUGAAGUUUGUUUUGAUUUUUUUUUUGAGUCUUAUUAAUUUUCACUCAUUACUCAGUCGAGAAUUAUUUUGAGGGACUCUAGUCGAAUCAUUUGCUCGCAGAGACUCAAAUCGAGUCGAGUAAUGUGCCCUCGGAAUUUGAGUCCAGUCGAGUCGCCGAAAAAGUGUGACUUGAGUCGGACUCAAGUCGAGUAACUGACUCGAGCCAUUCCAACUCUGAGUGCCUGUGUAAUUAUUCCUAGCAGUUACUUGGGAGUUUGACAGUUUCCAGGUCUUUUAAGAUGUGACCAAAGUCUAAGAAUCAUUGGGAAGAGAAAUGAAAAACAAAUUCAAAGCUGUUUAAAGCAUUCUAAUAAUUAGCCUUUUUCCAAUUUAACCAGAUUAAACUUUAUUUCAACGAGUCUCUAAUUAGCAGUUCAUGUACUCGCCCCAGGAUUCGACUAUCAAUUUUCUACAGAAAAAAUUUCCACAAAAUAGUUCCCCUUUCAUCCAACCGGCGCCGUGGCUUAGUAGGUUAAAGCGCCUGUCUAGUAAACAGGAGAUCCCCGGUUCGAAUCCGGGCGGUGCCUUUUGAAACUCUCUCCUUUUGUAGAUUUAUGAAGGAUUUAUUGAACAAAAGUGUUUGGAGGACGAUAGCGGAAAUCUGUUUUAAAAAAAUUGCAAAAAAGCGCAUUAAAGGCUUCUGAAAAAUUCCAACUUUACUUUUUGAGUCCUUCAUGCGUGCUGUCGUAGAAUAAAUUGGCUUAGCCCAUUGUCCAUGUGUUCGUUUCGUUUAUUUAUUCCUUAAUUAAUAUUUGAAAACGAAAACCAGGUCGAUUUACGUUUUUCGAUUCGAAAAAAAAGAUAACUCUUUCAGGUUCACUUUUCCAUUUGAAAAGAACUGCAAUUAUGACCAUACAAGUUCGUUUCUCGUUUUUCUAUGUUGAGAAAGACAAACGGAAAAAGUUAGCAAUUUCUUUGGAAUUUUAUUUGAAAUAAAAAAAUAUCGAUAAAUUGUUAUAGAUUUUGCUGCAAGCAGGGAAAUCUGCAAAGAAAAGCAAUUCUCCACUCAGUAUACGCCCAAUAUUUGUGGAUGUGGGCCCAUAUUAACUGUUAUCGAAUAUCAGCGGAAUGGGUUCGAAAAGCGUCGGCCAGUUUCGGAAUUAUUCAGAAAUGGGAGAAAUUCCAUAUCUUAAUAUUCCUUUUUCAACCAUCUUCAAUUUAUGUAACUUGGCAGACUAUAAAGAGGUUUCUUAAUUAAUUCACCAAAUGAAAAAGGGGAAGUUAUUUGCAUUCUUUGUCCUUUACAGAAAACUGCAUUAAAGUGACCAAUUUUGCCCCUAACCCAAGGAUUAAAAAUGACCCCAUAUUACCCCCAUGAUACGGUACACAAUGAAUGUGCUCAGAGGAAAGCAAACGCAAAUAUGGGCAAAAGCUGGAGUAAAUGAAAAUAAGUUACCCUUCCUCUCCCACCAUCACCAACUCCGCCUCCUGGAUCGAUCAUUCAUUACGGUGCCCAAAACCGUGCUGUAGGUUGAUACUCGACCUUUGUUCACAUUGCCAACGUUUCCCACUGUUUGCCCUUCGUUGCACGUACUAGGGAGCAAAGGACGUUCUCUACCGGGGUUGCAAGGUUCAGUUCUGAACAGCAACACUCGUGAAGCUUUUGGAGUUAGUCCAAGAUCUUUUACAUUCUUGGCUGUGGUCCUUCAAUAACACACGGGCUCGUUGGGUUCUGUGUAGCUUACAAACUAUGGCGAGCUCCUCUAGGGCACCGACUCGGGUGACGGAAAGUCCAAACUCCCCAGAGGGUGGAUGGGGCAUCGUGGUGGUCAUUGCCACCUUCUCUGUCAACGUGCUCUUGUUUGGUCUAUUACGAUGCGGGGGCAUACUCUAUGUCAGCUGGAUGAACGAGUUCGACACCAGUGCUAGGGAGACGGCUGCAGUUCAGAGUAUUGCCACUUCGCUAUUGUGUCUAUGCGGCCUCGUGGGUGCAAUCUUAUGCAAACGCUUCGGCUGCAGAAUUGCAGGAAUAACCGGUGGAGUUCUGUCAUCUUUGGGUCUUUUCUGCAGCUUCUGGGCGAAAAGCGUACUUCACCUCUACGUCACAUUUUUCAUUAUAGGUUUUGGGGUCGGGAUUUCGUACAACUUUGGGAUGGUUGCAGUAGCUAUGCACUUCGACAAGAAGUACAAGACGGCCAAUGCGGUGGCCUUCUCCGGAAUAGGCACAGGAAUCAUGGUUGCGCCUCCAAUUUUUCAACUCCUCUUAGACCGCUACGGCUGGAGAGGAACUCUUCUCAUCAUCUCGGCAAUUAUGGCCAAUUCUAUUGCGUGCGCUGCUCUUUUCAGGCCCCGGCGCAGAAUUGAAUCGCCCGUAGUCGAACAACUGAAUGACGAUGACGGUCAAGAAGAACUGGAGAUUGUUGAGGAAGUACCCGAAAGACAGGCAAGUGCAUCUAAUGCAGAUGGUAGGGAGGUGAUCAUCUCCGAAACAAUUCUUGAUGGUGAGAGAUCCUCCUUUGAUUCAGGAUUACACGAAGAGCGAGAUGAAGCUUGCUACACGUCCACUGACCAGACAGGCCGUACUGAUUAUAUGCCCCUCAAGGACUCAAGGGGA